GGCAGGGUUGAUUCCCCCGGUGGGUGCCUGAUGUUGGUGCCGCGGGCCACCCCAGUCUGUGCCAUGCCUGCCGCCUCGCCUUCCCGUCCUGGCCCCCCUGCCCCACGCCCAUUUACCCCUGCCCCUGGUUACGCCCACUACCACAUGGCGGCCGUCCACUCGUCGCAGGUGACAGGCGGGUACACCAGCCGCCCGUCGAUCCCAGGUCCCCGCUACCUUGGGGUGCCACCCAGAACCCAUCUGGCUGCGGCCCUCACCCAGCCCUCGCCCCCGGGGAUACCUCGAUCACGCUCCCCUCACCCCUCUCUGGUACAAUAUGAGGGGUCAGGCCCGCCCCCCAGGGCCCUGCCGCCCACAUUCCGCCCCUUUGGGGUCCACGGGUCCCUUAGCUCUCCAAAGCAAGCGGCAGUGUGCCCGGAAGCACGCACUUCGUACCCCGUCCCCGAACUUCCUGAUACUCAUUCGAUGCCAUGGCCUCCCGAUGCCCCUUUGCCCGCCUCUGACAUGCCCUUUGACCUCUCUACCCACAAUCGAGAGCCACGUAUGUCUCCCGCGUCGCGACCUCUCGACCUCUCUGAGUCAGACCAGCCGCUUGACCUUCGGGUCAAGAAGCGACACCCGGUCGAGGACGAAAAUAUGAACAUCGUGGAGCGCCAUACCCCGCCUUCCGUGCCGCGUAGAGUGCCUUCACCGACGUACGUGUCGCCACGGAGAGUGCCUUCUCCCACGUACGUGUCGCCACGGAGAGUGCCUUCCCCUAAGUACGUGUCGUCCAUGCACGACUUCCGGUCCCAACACACUCACUCCCACCCGUCGUCGUCGGUCGAGGGCGACCAGGUGGCCAAGAGCGCGAGCCUGCAGCUGGUGCCCGUCGCGAGUGCGGUCACCUCGCGCAACCCGCCUGCGGUGGUGUACCCACAACCGGUUCACCAGCGGCUGCAUCACCCGGUGCCGGUGUACUCCAGCGAGUGCCGGCCUCUACCUCCAGCCUCGUCCGUCCGGCCGCCCUAUCCGGUCAUUGGCAUCCCUCACAACCCUUACCACAUGGGCCCCUCGCCUGGGUCCUCCCCCCACAUGAUGCCCGGAUACAGAGGGCCCCCGCCUGGCCCACAGGGCCAUCCGGCACUGUACCAGGUGGUCGGCGACCGGAUACCAAAGGGCGCGCCGUCGCACGCCGAGGUCCACGGCGUCGUGUCGUCCGUGCUGCCCAGCAUGUCGGCGGUCAAGCCCCGCGAGCGCUACUCGUGCAAGUUCUGCGGCAAGGUCUUCCCGCGCUCGGCCAACCUGACGAGACACCUGCGCACGCACACGGGCGAACAGCCCUACAAGUGCAAGUUCUGCGAGCGCUCGUUCAGCAUCUCGUCCAACCUGCAGCGGCACGUGCGCAACAUCCACAACAAGGAGAAGCCGUACAAGUGUCGGCUGUGUGAACGAGCCUUCGGCCAGCAGACCAACCUCGACCGACACAUGAAGAAGCACGAGUCGGACGGCCCGACCAUCCUGGAUGGCAGUCCUAAGCGGUACACGUCGCGCCCCCCACGGCGGGGGGACGAGGAGGAGGAGGGGGGUAUGAUCCCCCCACCUCCCUCAGGCAAGGACCCCGUGGAGAUGAACGGCACGACCGAAGGCCGCAACGACCUCCGAGCCCCGGACGACGACGACGACGAAGACGAAUACAUCGACGUCGAGGAAGAAGACGAGGAGGAAGAGGAGGAGGAACCGGGAGAGAAGGAGGGAGAAAAGAUCUCCUGCGAAGUGACGAUCCAGUCGACGUCGUCGACGUCGUCGUUGGGCGCGUCGCCGAUGGAGGUGGACACGGGUGACAGCGGUGCGUCGUCGCGCCCCGCGGCCGUCAUCUCUGCGUGAGCUGCCGCGCCUCCGAAGUCGAGCUACAGCCUCGGGUCCCAAGCCAAUGUGGCGACGAAGCUGUUUUAAGACUUCGUUGGCGGGACGACGAAAACUGUUUACAUAAUGGGUGUUUCAGGCCAUCCCGAGGUGUCUGUGUGUGCCCUGAGAGGCGGCCCUAAUCCACAGCUCUCUCUCAUGACUGAUUUAACCGCAUGGAGGACCCCUCAACACUCCAGGACCCCACUGAAAUGGGGUCCGGUGGGGUCAUACCCCCCCCCCCACACUUUCUUACGUACAUUGACCGCAAAGAGCCACACAACAUCCUCAUCCUAGACCGCAUAGGAAGCCCUGACACGCACUUAUACGUGUCCUGGUUACUAGAGAGGCCUCCCAUCACGCCCUGGUCUCCUGGGAGAUGUAUGGGAGAGUGGGAGGAGGCUUCACUCGCUUCCCGAUUUCGGCAGAAAUCUGAAAUUUCAGCCAUGACCUGAAAUUAUGGUGACAAUUGGCCUUAAAAUCCAGAUGAAAAUGACGCCAAAAGAAAAAAGUGAUAGUAACUAAAGGUGGAUAUUGCAAUAUAUAUAUGUAAUAUUAUAAUGUGAUUAUUAUAAUAUUUAAAAAUGGGUAAAAUAUUACAAAUAUUUAAUUAACUUCGAAAGCGCACCGAAGGUGAGGCUGUGACGUCACCUUCCCGCGUUGCUACUACCACAGAAAACGGGAUUUAGGAUUGAGGAGGGAAACUACGUCCAAAUUUGGCUUCCGUUCUGUGCCCCCCACUAAAGCCUUCAACUGAUGUCAUGCAAAAACGCUCUAAUUUUGUCUCAUACCAUGAUGAGUUCUCUCAUGUACAAACCUACGUGAACUUCUGUGUAUGGGUAAGCAAGUGCAACAUGCCUUAUAGUCCUGCCAUUUUUUGAAAGAAUUAUAGAAAAAAGAUAUAAAUAUAUUAUAUAGUAUAUAUGUAAAUAUUCUUUUACGUCAUAUUUUCUUAACAGAUUUAUAUAAUUCCACACACGUGCUGAAAGAGAGUCAAUUUUAUGAUGAGAGUUAUUUGUAAGUAGCCCACUGUAGUACAAGUAGCAUAAGUGCAUCGCUGUAGUUACAGACCAACAAAUGAUCGUAUUGGGAAUGAUCGAGAGGUCACAAGCCAGGCAAGCCAGGAGUGGCGGCUUUUCGUGGGGUACAAAGACCCACGAAAAUAUGGAUUCUGCACGAUAUAAAUUACGUGUCUUACAGGACCCGGAAUAUCGAGUCUUAUUUUAAGGUAGGAUCCAUAUUUACACAAAAUGGUGGUGGAGACUGGCGAAGCGUCUCCAGGGUGUGUGUGUGUGUGUGUAUAAGGCCCGUACCCCGGGCGUUUGUUAUACGCUGGGAGAUCCUACGCCAGGUUCCAUUCACCAAACCAUUUCUGUUUUAUCAUAGUAACCCCCUCCACGAGCGGCCUCCGUCACAUCACUAGCCAAGCUUGCGUUCUCUACCCGUUUUCUACUCAAUACGAUCUUACAUAGUACCGCGCUUAACCAAUUACAUUCAUUUCUUUUUCCUGAAAACAAAAAACUAAAGGGAAAUCAUACACAGAGAUCACACUAACGUGAUGCAUCAAAUGACUAAAGGGAAUGUUCCCUUUAGUUCCAUUUUAACUAAAGGGGAACUUCAUCCUUCAACCAUAGAGCCAAAUCUUUUCAAUUCUUCAAUACAUUAAAUCUCCCUUUUCGUUCGAAUAAUCUACAGCCAUCUUAACUAUUACAAACAGCAUAUAUAUAUAAUUAAUAUUUCAAAGUCGUCUCACGAGUAUAUUUAGUACAAUAUUUUAUAACUUUUAUUCAGAUAAUCGAAGGAAGAGACAAAAAUGUGGUUCUGAAACACAAAUUAUCUCUAAAUUUUCUAUUUUACAAACAUACAAUGUAUAAUGAAUAAUAUUGCAAACAGAUUUAUUUUGUCCAAUUAGUAUUAUUACUUGAAUGAGUAUGAUCAUUAAUGAAUAACUUCUAGUGCGUGAUUGGCUGGCUGUUGGAGCCUUAAACAAGUUUUAAACAAGUCUUAAACAUGCCUUAAGAAAGCCUUAAACGUGAAAGAAAGUGAGUUAUGUACAACACGCCAUUUAUCUAUCAUCUCUUCCUCUGGGUCAGUUGCUUGUGUCUUUGAUCAGAGAAAGAAAGACUUGAUUUGAUUUUUCCCCAACUUUCUCACUUGCUCUCUUUCUCUCUCUCUCUCUCUCUCUCUCUCUCUCUCUCUCUCUCUCUCUCUCUCUCUCUCUCUCUCUCUCUCUCUCUCUCUCUCUCUCUCUCUCUCUCUCUCUCUCUCUCUCUGUUUCUUUUUUUUAGAUAAACUGACAGUUUUUAUGGAUUUUUCAUUGUUUUAAAUUGUAUUUUGCAAUUGAAAAGUUAUGAAAUCUUCUAUUCCCAAGUUGGCCAAACUCUUUUUUACCCAACAAGCCGACUUCCUUCAGGUCUUCCUAUUAAUUUGUGCCUCUUUGCUUCUAUCCGUUGAACUCACGGCCCGUUGCCUCCAGCUACACACACACGUAAACAAGGACUUCUUGCUUCUAACUGCUCAACUAAUGUAUCAUUACAUCUACCUGUUUGUCUCCUGUUCCCUUGCCUAGACUUGCUCGUCUUAUAUACCGUUGUAUCUACCUGUUUCUAUUCUGUCCGUUGCGUCUGCCUGUUUCUCUCCUACACGAUUUCUUAGGGAUUACAGCUUUCGAGAAGUGAUCUUGUUCUCAGCACAUCACUCAUACCUGAACGCCAUAUAUUACAAAUAUUAUACAUGCAAACAGUAUAAUAUAAGUCAAAGUGGCCCAGGUCUAAAUAUAUCACACGAAACGCAGUUUAUAUCCGAAAACUGAUAUAUAUAUGUUUUCUCCUCCCUCGAGACUCGUUGCGUCACGCCAGCCUUUCAUUCGUCUACACGAACGAAACAGCUUUACUUGGCCUCUCGGAUGAUACGUGUGAUAUCGGUUUAAAACUCGCAAGAGUCUUGCGCAAAGUUCACGUACACAGAACUUCACGUUUAAUCUGCAAACUUUAAUCUGCUGUUUGGACUGAAUUUAAUCCAGGCUGGAAAUGAGAUUGCGUUGAGGAGGAAGAAGCAGGUAUAUAUAUA